GAGACAACAAUAGUAACAACACGCUGUGCAUAAGUACAACGCAACAAAAUGGGAGUCUCGAUUUCUACAAGACCGAAUUGUGGUGGCGCAUAGAGCUAAAACAAUGACCCAACCCCAUGCCACCUUGAAGACCUUCAAGGUACUCAGCCAUCUAGGAAAAGGCGGAUAUGGGAACGUGUACCUCGUUCGUAAGAAAGGCGGUCUUGAUGAUGGCUCACUGUACGCUAUGAAAAUAAUGGAGAAGCCUGAUGAUGCAUUAUCACUUCAGGAUAGUAUAACAGAGCGUAAAGUGCAUGAAAAAGUAAGCAACAUCCCAUUCUUGGUCGGUCUCCACUACGCCUGUCAGACAGAAAUGAGGCUGUACCUGAUAAUUGACUAUUAUGAAGGUGGUACUAUGACAAAUCUCUUAAGACAGAAAGGUCCAUUUACAGAAGAUCAAGCCAGAAUUUAUAUAGCAGAAGUUGUCCUCGCAAUAGAGCACCUUCACAAGAUGAGAGUAAUCCACAGAGAUUUGAAACCAGACAACAUUCUAUUGGAUGCUCGUGGUCACGUCGCAGUCGCAGACUACGGCAUUAGUAAAACAUUCCGCAGUCCUAAAAAGGCCAAACGUACAUAUUCAUUCUGCGGGACUAGAGAAUAUAUGGCUCCAGAAGUCAUCAGAUCCAAAGGUUACGGCUUAGCAGCUGACUGGUGGAGUGUUGGCGUACUAGCGUAUGAGAUGGUGAAAGGAGUCAAACCAUUUAAAUAUAAUAAAGAUUGCUCUGAUUGCACGCUAUUUAGUAAAAUUCUGAAUUGCAAACCGGUAAUGCCAAGGAGUGCAUCCAAGGACAUGAGAGAUUUGAUAACCAGACUUUUAGAAAAACAACCAAGAUACCGUUUAUGCACAGGAAAACGUGAUGCUAAGGAGAUCAAGACCCAUCGAUUCUUCCGCGACAUCAACUGGGAAGAUGUCAAAAAUAAAGUAAUACCAAUGCCAUUCGUGCCAGUUUUUGAUCACGGAAUUAAUAACACCAUUCAAGAAUAUUCAAUUUUGGAGCCACCCAUCUCUGAGAUGGAGAGGGGAAAAACUGUCAAGGGUUAUACAUUCCCACCACCAGAAUUUAUUCCUAAUGGAAAUUCUUCUCGCAGUUCCUCUCAGUGCUCAGACACAAAUGCAGAACCAAUGGCGAAGAGAAACAUUAUUAAACGUCAACCUAAAAGAAACAUUCCCAACAGAAUUCCUGAACCAGCUAUCAAGGCUGGUCCUUCCAAGGCAAUGCCAUGCAAGCAGAAGCGGAAACCUAGCUUCAAACAGGCUGUACCACCUUGCAAGAAGCAUAAAUAUGGCCGCUCACCGCAUGACACUGAAGACGUCACAACCAGCGAAACUUAAAAAACAGAUACCAUUUAAAUGGCAAAGGGAAAGCAGUCAACUUACAGCCACACUGCCCUAUGGGUGCAUCGCAUGGGCCAUCACAGCCAAGAAAAGCAUAGCAUGGCCCAGUGCCAUUCAGCACGGAACAGCAUUGCUCGGCUGUGCCCAUCUUGGCCAAGCAGUGCCCUGCAAGACCCUAGUACCACUUAGCACAGAAAAGUAAAGUCCAACUGGGCUUUCCUGGCAAUACUGGAUUCUGCUGAGUGAUCCUGGGCCGUCCUGGAUGGUAUUUGGCCUUGCUGAGCCAACCUUGGCCCAAUAACACCCUGCAAGGCUCAGCAAAGCCCAUCAGGGCCCAACACAGCCCAUUUCAGCAACGCUCAUAUCAGUUUUAUUAUUUUGUAAGCACCUGUACAAAAAAUCAACAAUAAAAUAUCAACUCAAUUAUAUCAGA